GACGCUGACGCCGCUAUCGUGUGCGCGUACGUCAUUACGGUAUUGCGCUGACGUCGUUACGCCAGUGAGCUCGAAAAUGUUUAGGAGUGUUGAGCGAGCUCGGCGCUUCGGGGGGUUUUCUAAGGAGGAAAAAAUAAAAAUAUACCCGUGAUAAACUGUUGCCAAAAAAAGAAAAUAAAAAUAAAAACACGUUAAUUGUGUUUUCCUACACUUCCGUUUGGUGUCGAAGUUUGAAUCUUAGGUUCAGUCCUAAGGGAAAGUUUGGUGGUUAUUUUUUUUCCCAGAGUGAUGUCGAAUCCUGGCACACGAAGGAACGGGUCGAGCAUCAAAAUCCGUCUGACAGUAUUAUGUGCCAAGAACCUGGCAAAGAAGGAUUUCUUCAGGUUACCUGACCCUUUUGCCAAAAUAGUAGUAGAUGGAUCAGGUCAGUGCCAUUCGACAGACACAGUGAAGAGCACACUGGACCCAAAGUGGAACCAGCACUAUGAUCUAUAUAUUGGAAAAACAGACUCGAUCACGAUCAGUGUAUGGAACCACAAGAAAAUCCACAAGAAACAGGGAGCUGGCUUCCUGGGCUGUGUGAGACUCUUAUCCAAUGCGAUCAGCAGGCUAAAGGACACUGGCUACCAACGUUUGGAUCUAUGCAAACUAAACCCCACUGACAGCGAUGCAGUACGUGGCCAAAUAGUAGUAAAUUUACAGACUCGAGACAGGAUAGGCACUGGAGGACCUGUUGUGGACGGUAGAGGACUUUUAGAAAAUGAAGGCCCAGUUUUUGAAGACUCGGGGCCCGGAAGGCCGCUCAGCUGUUUCAUGGAGGAGCCGUUGCCAUACACAGACAGCACUGGAGCCGCAGGGGGAGGGAACUGCCGCUUCCUGGAAUCGCCCAAUCAAGAGCAGAGGCUUCAGGCACAGCGCCUCCGAAAUCAAGACACCAGAGGUCACGCACACACCCCUCAGAACCGGCCACAUGGGAGCCAAUCCCCCGACCUGCCUGAGGGUUACGAACAAAGGACGACAGUACAGGGGCAGGUGUACUUUCUACAUACACAGACUGGAGUCAGUACCUGGCACGACCCAAGAAUACCAAGGGUUAAUAACGGUUUGCAAUGGUAUUUCCGCAGGGACCUCAACAGUGUCAGCUGCGAAGAUUUAGGUCCUCUGCCUCCAGGGUGGGAGGUCAGAAGUACAGUAUCGGGAAGGAUAUAUUUUGUGGACCACAAUAACAGAACGACACAAUUCACAGACCCAAGAUUGCACCACAUAAUGAGUCAGCAUUCUCAGGUAAAGGAAUCAGGCCAGCAGCUGCCAGUGCAGACUGAGGUUCCUCCAGAGGAUGGAGAAGGAGAGCUCCCUGUACGCUAUGAGAGGGACUUGGUGCAGAAACUGAAAUUGCUAAGGCAUGAGCUCUCAUUGCAGCAGCCACAAGCCGGGCACUGUCGCAUUGAGGUAUCCAGGGAGGAGAUUUUUGAGGAGUCUUACAGACAGAUCAUGAAGAUGCGACACAAAGACCUGAAGAAAAGGCUGAUGGUAAAAUUCCGGGGAGAAGAAGGACUGGACUAUGGUGGGGUGGCAAGGGAGUGGUUGUAUCUCUUGUGUCAUGAAAUGCUAAAUCCGUAUUAUGGACUGUUCCAGUAUUCCACGGAUAACAUUUACACGCUGCAAAUAAAUCCAGACUCCUCUAUUAAUCCGGAUCAUUUGUCUUAUUUCCACUUUGUUGGGCGGAUAAUGGGCCUGGCUGUUUUCCAUGGACACUACAUUAACGGAGGUUUUACACUGCCUUUCUAUAAGCAGCUGCUGGGAAAACCCAUACAGCUGUCCGACCUGGAAACUGUGGAUCCGGAGUUGCACAAAAGCUUAGUGUGGAUCCUUGAGAAUGACAUCACCCCAGUACUGGAUCACACAUUUUGUGUAGAGCAUAAUGCAUUUGGUAAAUUUCUCCAACAUGAACUCAAACCAAAUGGAAGAAACAUUCCUGUAACAGAGGAGAACAAGAAGGAAUAUGUAAGGUUAUACGUGAACUGGAGGUUUAUGAGAGGGAUUGAGGCUCAGUUUCUAGCCUUGCAAAAAGGAUUUAACGAGUUGAUUCCACAGCAUUUGUUAAAGCCCUUUGAACACAAGGAACUAGAGCUAAUCAUUGGAGGCCUGGGUAAGCUAGACCUCAACGACUGGAAGGCCAAUACCCGGCUGAAGCACUGUGUGGCUGACAGCAACAUGGUCAAGUGGUUCUGGCAGGCAGUGGAAUCGUUUGAUGAGGAGAGGAGAGGAAGGCUUCUGCAGUUCGUUACAGGCUCCACCCGCGUCCCUCUGCAGGGGUUCAAAGCACUGCAAGGUUCUACAGGUUCUGCAGGACCCAGACUCUUCACUAUCCAUCUGAUCGAUGCCAACACAGAUAACCUGCCCAAAGCCCACACUUGCUUUAAUCGGAUUGACAUCCCGCCGUACGAAACGUAUGAAAAGCUGUAUGAGAAACUUGUGACUGCCGUGGAGGAGACCUGUGGGUUUGCUGUGGAGUGAAUAUGAGACCAGCACGUGCUGCUUGAGCAGUAACCAAAACCAGAAGAGGAAUGUCCUGUGAGCUUCCUGCUGAGCACUGUGUAGUGAGACGACAGUGAAAGUUACGCCUGGGAUAGGAACCAGCACCCGAUGACACAGAGCAGCUCUCCUGAGGGAUAAAAUAAUCGCUGUGGAUGGCUACAAAUUGAAACCCUUUCUAAGAAGAGAUUUAUUCUUAUUUAUUUUUUUUCUUGGUGUGGUUUGAGGCUGUUUGUAAGAUGGACGGUUUAAUGAAUACACUUCGGGUCUGAAAGUUGAUCAAUGUGGAUUAGGUUAUGGAAGUCUUGGUUUCUUGUCCUUAAGCAUUUAUAGUAAUUUAGCCAAUUUGGGCUGCUAAACUGCGUUCAUUGCAUAACAGAACCACCCAAAUGUAGGUCCUAAAAAAAAAAAAAGCUGAAUAUGGAUCCGAUCUAGGUAAUGCCCUUGUUAUCUCAAUAUUUAUUAUUAACACUUUAUUAUUAUUACGAUUAUUAUUAUUAUUAUUUUAAAUCAUCAAUUUUAAUCAUAAAUGAUUGGAUCAUUUUGGGCUGAUUACCAGAUAUCAAUUUCUUGUCUCGGUUUCUUCUGAUUACCGCUGUGACAUGCAUUGAUUUGUUCCAUGAACUCCUAUAUUUAAAAAAAUCUAAUAAAUAAAAUACAAUUUAAAGCUGGUAAAAAAAUCAAAUAAAACAAUGAAUAUACUGGAUAUGCAAUAAUCUGGUACAGGAUAGUACAGGCCUUCCUUGGACCUCCUUAUUGGCCUACUAUUUUAAAAAAUGUUUUGGCAGCCCAAAUUGUAUUGUGGCUAACUUGAGUACUUACGGUGGGGUGGGGUGGGGUGGGGGGAAAUUCACACACUAAACUACUGUGGUGUUUUUUUCGUCAGAAACAAUGUGCACCUUUGCAGGAAUCUCACAGUUUUAAGUCAAGUAGGAAACGGCAGCUUUUUUCAAUUUUUAUUUUGUAAAUACUUAUUUUUUGUUUCCCAACAUUUUAUGCUUGAAACUUUAUAUGAUGAUUUGCACAUAGGAACAGUCCUAGUCCCCAUUUGAUUUUUUUUUUUUAAAAUACAUUAUUUAUAUACUUUUUCAGUAAGUUGUACCAUAAGAAGAGAAAGAAUGCACGAUCAGAAUGUUAUGACAGGUAACUGUUUAUGCAAGAGAUAUGAAUGAAUACAGAUCCAUAAUUCUAAAGUUCAUUCUGAAAGAACAGUUUCGAAUAGUUGUGUAAAAGUGGAGCUACUGAAUAUACACAUUUUAAUGUCUGGCCUUACAGUAUUUUAUAGAGAUAAUCAACCAUUUAUGUUUUAGCAGUUUUGAGGAUGAGAGUACUGACUGAUGGACUGAGUGUGUGUUUUAUUUAUAUAAAUUUAAGUGGUCGCUACUAACUCUAAUCCAAGCAUUUAAAUGGUAGGUGUUAAGUAAUGUUUCUACACAAUAAAUAGUGACAAAAGACCUUUGUGCUUGGUCAGCUUCCUGACCUGAAGUGAAGAUCGAUAUGAGUAGCAGUACCUCAGUUCCAUUUGGUGAUAGUGUAGGUGUUUAUUUUUGUAUUUUCUAUUUGCACAAGAAAGAAAGGCAACAAACAGUAUUUUAAAACUUUUGGAGUAGUCUUAAGUGUCAUGAUCAACUGUGUGCCUGAUUUGUUUCCUUAGUUGCUUGCAGUCACAAAUGAUUACAUACAAUAUAAUAAACAGAUCUUGCAUUUCCACUUAGAUGGGUUUUGUAGCAUUUUUUAAAAAUCUCUAACCCAUUUCACUACAGCUCUGUUAGAUAUAUUACCUAAAGUUUUGGUUCAAAACAAACUUCUAUGGUGUUUAUGCCGUGGGUGUGACUGUAGAAGCGAGGUCUCCUACACUUAGUCCCUGUAAGAUGCAUGACAUUGUGUUAAGUCCCUGAAAUGCAUGAAGCACACAUCACCCACUUUUAAAAGAUUAAGCAUUUACGCGUCCUUUUUAUUAUCUUUUUGUACGUCUGCUCAGUGUAAUAAAUAAUCGAUGCUGCAAUAAUUAUAAUUUAAUUACAACCAUACACAUUACUAUAAAGAAACUUAGCAAUAAAUUUAGGCGACGGUUUUGAUGAGAAGUUUGUCUUGAAUGCAGUGCACAGUGACAAAUCAUUUUUGGCUGUCCAUCUUGAUGUAAGUAUUUGUUUUAGUACAGUAACUUUAAUUACACCACCCCCCCUCCCAAAAGAAAUAUGAUUAAUAUAUUAAAAGAUAGAAAGUCUUCCAUCAAUUUGGUAUUUCAAUCUGAUGGGUAGGGAAUACGUACUAAAGGAGGUCUAAGCUUAAUACACAGUGCUUGAAUUGCAUGGCACCAUGUUAUCCUCUUCAAAUAUAAGAAAUGAGCCAACUUCUCGUUAAGUGUUCCUCAACCACUUGAUGUAUUUAAAAAAAAAAAAAAUAGUACUAUUACUAUGUAAUGUCCUUUUUUAUUGUAUUGCUGCUAUUCUUGUUGUUGUUCCCAUCUUUUUUGAAAGCUGAUAUUAUUUGUGAAAGCUGUACACUAAUCUCUUUAUGUAUAAAUGAAAGUAUUUAAAAAAUGCUGCUAUUAUUAAACUAGGUAAUGAUAGAACUUGAUAGAGAUGACGGUUGGAAUUAGCAGUGAUUGAGGCUAGACCCCGGAGGUCACAUUUCAUGUUUGUGAUAUAUGCAAUAAAAACUGACAACUUUA